UCGUAUUCAAUGCCGCCUGUAGGGGUCAGUGCAUCAGUAUAGAUUGGUGUCACGGAAUACGAACGCUAUUAUGACAAGCUCCCGUCUUUGAUAAACAGACAACACCCCGACUCCUCAAAGCACACGCGAGCUUCGUCCGUCAUUUCAGCUACCUCCCUAGCCUAUAAGCAUUGCUGUGUCCUCGUUUUUGCAUCAUGUUCACUUACCUCAUCCUCGCAAUCGCACAACUAUCAAUCGCACAAGAUGGCCUAAGAGACCUGCUUCCUUUUCAAGGAACAACAGCGACUUUUUUCUCCAACACGAGUAGCUUGGAUUUGGCGUCUCCGCUCCAGCUAUUCAGACGGCAGUUGCAAUGCGAAGACCCAGGGUACGUCCCUUGUGCGGAUGGCUUGCACUGCUGUCUGCCUACCGAUGAUUGCUAUCCGGAGCUGGAUAUGUGCUGUAUUAAGGGCGGCGUGACGUGCGGGUAUCACGAGUGCUAUGAGGAGGGCGCAACAUGCUGCCCGGAUACAGGCGCCUGUCUCAGCACCAACAACGAGACCUGCUGUAACACGGCAUCGCGCAGCGGCUGUUGUCGAUCCGGGACCUCAUGCUGCUCAGAGGCCAACGCGUGCUGUCUGGAAGGCGAGACCUGCUGUGCUGAGAGUUGCUGUUCAUCAGGCACAGAAUGCAAGAACGGCCAGUGCGUAUCUCCGGUGCCUGUUCUCGAAUUGCCCUACACACCCCUCGUCCUCGACGAGACGGUCAAGAACAUGUGUCUCUGGAUCCGCGACCAGAACCAAGCGAACCCGAACGAGAUUGAGCUCACGUACAGUAUUGUACGCAAUGAUGGGGGGAAAUGCAAGGGAUGCUGCAAGAACGUCGCGGUUCCGCAGGGUCGGGAGUAUGAGGGCGAGAAGACGACGUGCGAUGAGGCGCCGUUUGCGAAAACAUACGAAGCACUUAAUUCGGGAGCGCAUCUUGCGUGCGUGGAUUGGUACGAGAAUUCUUUCCAGGGAUGGUGGUUUGGGCAAUGGUCGCGGUACACGAGGGCAACUGUGCCUGGCUUCAAGGAUGGAUCCAAGUUUAUCGUGCGGAUAACGGGGCUGGAGUGUUCGACGGUCAAAGAGUCGGAUCUUCAGGGCUGUGGUUCGUCGGGGACGCCUAAUCCGACUCCAAGGCUUCUUAUUAAACGUGAUGAUAGAUCCACGCCGACUUCUGGAUCAGAGACACGGGUAAUUCCCUCGUCAGUCGCCAACUCCACCAACAAUCUUGUCAUUGUGCCAUUUGGGGAUCUCGAGGCAGGAACAUAUAGCAUGCAAGCCAAGCUUUCCGGUUCUGUCGCAAAUGCGAGCCUCUGGGAUAACAUGGGGGAUGAAGUGGACGGUUCGACACGCGCAACUGCCGACGACAUUACUUCUGGAAACAGCUUCGAGUUCACUGUCUUGGACUCCGCUAUAGGUGCUGCGCUGCUCAUUGAGACGCAGCAGAAGGAGGUCAAUGUAACAUGGAACUUUCGGCCGGCUUCUUCAACAACGUCUUCGGUGACGACGGGGCAAACUUCGACGAACUCGCAAUUGCCGCCAUCGACCGCACCCAACAGGCCUUCGAGUGCUGUAGCGUUGGUACUCAUGCCGGGGUCUGCGUUGCUGGUGCCCUUAGCAGGGUUGCUCUUACUUCUGGUGUAGGGCAUGGCGUAGAUCAUCCUAGUUUAUACAUACCUCUUCUAGGCUCUGAAAAUGUAGGGUUCGCUUCAGGCCAACCCCAGAAUAAAAUGUGACAGAUUCCAUGGUAAUGGUGUCGCAUAAUUGUGACAAGAACCGGUUCGAAAGCUGGGCUAGAUCUGCAGAUCCAAGAGCUUAUGAAGGAUCAUGUAGUACUGAGCUGUACUCUGGGACGCUAGGCCUGACAAACGGCGAAAGCACGAGAAAUUGGAGGGCACGCGGAGAAAAG